ACAAAACCCUGAGCGAACUUUCAACUGGUUCUUUGAAGCGACAUGUCCUGUGGCCAGAGACAAAGAUCCUGGAGUGAUGUUUCAGUUUCCAGAGGACUUUAAUGAUGAGGAGUCCCGUCAAACACUGCCCAAGUUCUGCUUCCCGUAUGACAUUCACAGGCUGAGGGAUGGAGUCCCCGUUCAGCACUUUACUUUUGUACUGACCGACCUAGAGGGAUGCCAGCGCUUCGGCUUCUGCCGUCUCAACAGCGGCACAAACACCUGCCUUUGCAUCCUCAGUUAUCUACCGUGGUUCGAAGUCUUUUACAAGCUUCUCAACAACCUGGCUGAUUACCUCUCCAAAGGACAGGCCAAUGAAAUGAAAGCACUGCUCGCUGUACUCUACAAACAGACCAUGCCCCUGGCAGCUGGAUCGGUCACUCUCCAGAUGGGAGGGCAGCUGUUGGUCAGUGCACAGGUGUCCCAACCUGCUGGACACCCGGGGGGACAAGAGGGGGUUCCAUAUUUCAUGGCUCCAGAUCCCAGAAGUCUCCCUUCCAUCCCGGAAAAUAGGAACUUGACUGAGCUGAUUGUGGCGGUAGAUGUUGGAAACCUUCUUCAGCUCUAUGCCAGCAUGCUGUUCGAGAGACGCAUCCUCAUCUUUGCAAGCAAACUGAGCACUCUGACAUCAUGCGUGCAUGCGCUGAGUGCUGUGUUGUACCCAAUGCACUGGCAACACAUCUUCAUACCCGUUCUGCCACCACACUUACUGGAUUACUGCUGUGCACCCAUGCCUUAUCUGAUCGGGGUCCACACUAGCCUAUCUGAGAGGGUGAGGAGCCGUGGGCUUGAGGAGGUUGUAAUUCUGAAUGUGGAUACAAACACUCUGGAAACCCCCUUCGAUGACCUGAAGCGGAUACCUUCAGACGUGAUGUCGGGGCUGAAGGUGUGUUUGAAGCGCCAGGCAGUGUCGCCUGGCUGCGGCGUCUCUCGGGCCUUCCUGAAAGCUCAGGCUCUGCUGUUCGGAGGCUACAGGGAUGCGCUGCAGGGCCACCAGGAUGGUGAAAUAUAUUUCUGCGAAGAGCUGUUUUUAGAUCACAAGUCUCCCUCUGUGAAGAAGUUCUUACAGAGUGCAAUCCAUUUGCAGUUCUUCAAACAGUUUAUUGAUAGCCGACUGGAUAUUCUGAAUAAAGGGAAGGAACCAGAUGACCUCUUUGAGGAAGAAAUAACUUCGGCAGAAACAGCAGGAAAAGGCAAAUCGUACCAACAGUUAGUUGGUAAUUUAAAGAAAGGGGGUGGGGCUCUGAUCCAUAAUAUGAAGACCAAAGCGAACAUGAAGGCCAAAGGACUGAACAAAUCCGGCUUCAAAAACUUUCUGACCAACAAGAAUGCAGACCACGGUCCUCACAGAGGUGGAUCAGUAUCGCAUCGUCGAGUCAAAUCCGACAGUUUGCAGAACCGCCUUCCCAUCACGCAACAUUUUGGGAUGUCACGACCUCGUCGACCUGUUAAGAAACUCGGAGACCACGAAUACACAAACGACUCUGAAGAUCCAUGGGACAGGGCUGUGUCUGGGCACGCUGCCGAGCCGAACCCUGAGCUCCAGAAGGACGGAGACGAGGAGGACGAUUCGCCGCUGUGUGACCAGGAGGAAAUGGACCUUCUUGGGGAGAUCUUUGACACGCUCAGCUCUCGUAGCUCCCACGAACGGGGACUGCUGUAUGGCACUCGGAGCCUGGACCUUUUUGGACCAGACAGCCAUGACUAUUUCACCAAGUAUGCUCCAGGCAACCCCAGCCAGGAGAGUCUGCUCCUGUCCAUCAGCGGCAGCGGCAGCCUGCACAGCUGGAACGUGGACACCACAGAGGAGCUGUCAGACCUGACCGAGGACUCCGAUUGGACGGGUCUGCACGCUAAUCUGCAAGAGGAGGAGGGGACACACGGUCUGCAAGUAACAUCUGAUGUGGAGGAGCCAAAACUGGGACAGUCGGCCGACAGAGAGAGACAGAGAGAAGUGAAUGUGGCAAUAAAUGGAAGACAGGAAGCAGAGGAAACGGGCGACAGAUGCAACUUUAAAGAAGUACCGUUUGAAGAGGACAGAGAGACGGAAGAUCUGGAAAAGGAAGUUAAUUUAGGGGGGGAACCUGUGAAUGAAAUGGAUGAGGGGAGAGAGGAGACAGGGUUGAAAGAAAACCAAGAUGAAGAAAGUCAGGACGAGGAGCCGACUGCAGGACGAGAGAUACAGACAACAGAAGAUAUGCAAGAAAGUGCGACAAGAGAGGAGGUAAUAUUGGCCAAAGAGGAGAAAAGUAAAGGAGUGACAGAAUCUUUAAACAAAUUUAGAAAACCAGAUCCCCACCACAUCAAUUCUGAAGUGAAGCAGCUAAAUAUAGGAGAAAUCAGAGUCAGUCCUGGGCCUGAAAGUCCUACUGAUGACCUUCAACCUCAAGCGGACCAAGAGAAAAACUGUGAAAGAGCAGCAGAGCAAGAUGAGCAACAGGUACAACCGAGCUCCUCCUCUCCUCCCAGAGUGAAAUCUCCUCUGGCACGCCUCCAGUGUCAGGCCUCCAGCCAAAGCUUCCAGGUGAGAAGUGCCUCCAAAGCUUCGGCUGAGCUAACAUUUCGAAGCAGGGAGAACAAUCAGACACGCUCGUCAUGUGACUCGGAAACAGAUAAAAACCCAGAAGCGCCCGAUGAGGAGGACAGGCCCCCUGUAAAAGUCUCCGAACUGAAGAAAAGAUUUGAAGUUUAAACAAAUGGUAGAGACUGGCCCAUGGGUCUCAGGGUCUUCAUCAUCUUCAUAAUUCCUUAACUUAAAACGCAUUCAGACAAAUAUUACAUUUAUUUAAAUUUGUUUUUAUUUCCUUAAUUUUCUACUCUGCAGUUCAUUUGUCAUCAUUCAGAUAUUUUCCCCGGCAGGUAGGAACGCGUGGGCGAUACACUGUCCACCAAUUACUUUCCGCACAAACUGACACAUUCUGACCGAUACUUUUUUUUUCUGUUGCACUUUUGUCAGAAACUGAACAAAUAACUUGAAUAAACUUUGUUUCGCAAACAGACCUUCUUCCUGCCUCAACUUCAAGUCUUAAAAGAAAGAGUGCAGCGGCACUUUGUUCGCACAUUGUUUUAUUCGCAGCAGGCUAUGUGUACCAUAUAGACAUGCUUAUGUUGUUUUUUUUUUAUAUAUACAUAGCUGAGCCUCUCAGAAAUUCACAAUAAAAAUGAAGUGCCCCAUGAACUUCCUUCAUAGUUGACGAAAAGGUGUAAAAUACAUUGGAUAGGUUAAAUAACAAAACACAACAAAAAUAGAUACGCUAACGUUUGUACAAAUACAAAAAUACUUUCAAGUUCAUGUUUCCCGUGACAGAAAAAAAAAAAGGAGUGUCCUGUACAGGUAAAACAUCAGUGGUUGAAUUAAUCAUAUUUCCCAUCAGUUUUUUCUCACUCGAUAUCUACAGAAAGUCACCUCAGAAACAUGGUUUUGUAGAAUCUAAAUUUCCUGUGGCAGAAAUUAAACAUGUGAUCCCCGUGAAGCGUAACGGGCGUUUUAACCAGUCCGCAGGUUCGCCCGGCAGCCGCUCAUAUGAGGCGCUCUUCUUUGGGCAGCGGUAGCGGCAGGCCGGGCUUUUCCGAUCCGGCCGUUUUCUGCCGUGUCUCCUCCGAACUGGGCCUGUACGUUCCUUCCAUCCUCCUCUUCUUCCGGAUGACGCAUAGCAUCAGCAACACGGCCAAGGUGAGCAGGGAGAGUCCGGUGUAGAAAACUGCACACACCGCAGGUGGAUUCAAUGCCUGAAUCACCAUGGUAACAGGCAGCUGCGAGAGACAAUCAGUCAAGCCAGUGCUCUUACAUUUGGAUCAACACAGCAUCAGUCUCACAAAUAGUGGAGUGUCUGUCCGCUGGGUGGAAAUGGAGCAGGUCACGUGUUCUCCGCGCGCCAAUCAA